AGAUAAAAUUGGUCUACUAUGCAAAAGACCUAGAAUAUUACAUUUUUAAUAUUAAAAGUAGAAACGAAUCACUUGUGUCUUCAAAGAAAAAAAAAAUGAAUGAGCAUCUAAAGAUCAAAGAAAAAAUGGAGCAUUGCAGGAAAUUAGACCUGAAACUAAUCUGUUUGUAUUGUCCAGUCUUCCAUUUUUUUGUUUAUCCCACACCUUUCUCGGGAAUUACAGGAGAAUUUAAACCUAAUCUCAUUCAAAUCAAUUUCCCUUUGUACUCUAUUAUUCCCCUCAGGAUUUUUUUUUUUUUCUGAAAGAUGGUGGACACACAAAUAUAACAUAGUGAUGAUGUACUGCAUCUGUAAUUGUAUGGGAACUGCUGAGUCACGGCCUGAACCUCUGAUUGAUCACCUGAGGUGAGCAAUGAGUCAGGCACAGGAGCACAGGUGAAGGCAAUUCACCUGUGCAGCCAGGAGGGGUGGAGCCAGGCUCCACCUUUCCUAGACCCAUUUAAGAGCUGGCUACCAGUGGGGGAGGAUCUCUUCUGGAGAUCCACCCUGCUAGUGUUUUGUGAGUGAGCCCAGGAUAGGGGGGUUGACUGUUUAUGGAGUUAUAGUAAAACACAUAAACAGAGAUAAUUCUACCUUCUAGAGUGGUACACUAUCACCCAGCCAUGCCUGUAGAAGGAAAAAGUGAUAUGGAGAGGAUUGGCCUCUUCAGUGAAAUGAGCUAUGUUACCAUUGGAGAUAAAUAUGUAUCACAUUAUAUGCGCCCUUUUAAUGAAACUGCGAGCAAGAACAGACAGAUGCUAUCUGAGGGGAGCAAAACAUUGUCAGCUCUUCAGGCAGGUUAUUUUGACCCUCAGUUUAAGAGGAUUUUCAGCGGUGAAGCCUACUCAAAUCCUGUUCAACUAAGGAGACGUUAUAGAUUGGCAGAAUCAAAGAAAAAUUUGGGCAAAGCUUUCCUUCCCAGUAAUGGAGAUAAAUUGCCAUGUGGACUAGGUAGUUAUUAUGGAACCAUAGGAGGUCCGUUUGCAUACUUCAGUGCACAACUGAAAGCCAGAGAAAGAUACAUUCCUCCUGGAAAGAAUCUUUAUACUAGUCCAGGAAAAAAAGGAACUGGAUAUGGUUAUGCAAAUCUUACUAUAGGUGAGCAAUAUCCACAUGAAGCGGAUGGCUAUGAAUUAGAAAAAAUAAUUGCAAAGAAAGCACGAGAGGAACACAAGCGUUUGGCUAAAGGAGGGCCUUUCAAGACAAAUAUGUAUCCCCUGGAGUAUUUUGACAUGAAUCCCUAUUUUAACGACAAACCUUUGCCACCUGUGAAGAAACCACCUCCAGAGAAGCGAAUUGCAUCACCUUUCAAACCAAGUUCCCCUGCUAAGAAGUCAGGGGGCAUGAAAGGUGGCACAUUUGAUCCUUAUCCAAGCCAUUCUGCUGACCCUUAUGUAACCAAAAAAACUAUGGCUGCCUCAUCCAGUAAAGAACAAAAGGUUUUUCAUCCUCCUCCUGGACCGAAAAGCAGACCUGUUACAAGUAUAAUCACUCAAAAUGUCUUAAGGUGGACUACAGGAGAAGCAUGUAGCAUGUCUGGAUGUUCUCCACCUGCUCUCUCAAGAUGAUCACAGCAGCUUUAGAAAAGGAGCAGCCACCAAUAGCCCUGCAGCUCUCACGGGAUGCAAUUAAGGUAUGUUGACUAAAUGGUUCAUCUUCUAUUCUAAAUGGCUGUUACCUGAUUUAUUUCUUUAAAAAUUCUGGACAAUAUUCAAUAUAACUUUGAAAUGGAGAGAGUGAAUGAAUACAGGAGGAACGUGAAGGCUCCCGAAGUCUAGGCUUUUCAACUUUCACAGAAGAAUUUAAAUAAUUUACAAAGGUAAGAAAUUACAGUCUAAUUUUUUAACGUGCAUGUAUUUUUAUUUUUUUUUUAUCUGAAUGUAAAUACUCCAAAGCAUCACUUGUGCUCAGGAAGGGAUCACUGACAAGAUUAUAAGGGUUAGACAAAAACCAGCUUCAGUUGCAGGAAAUGCGCAGAAAAUGGGGGGAGAGGUGUCUCCAAACAUAGACAGUUCUGCAGCAUGCAGUACCUAAACUGCCUCAUGCUCUUAAAUGACCUUCCGCUUACUGUAAUGAGAAAAGGCUGUAGCUCAUGAAUACCUCACUCUGAGGAUACAGAACUGCAUAUUAUUUCAGUUCAAAAGUUUUGUUGGAAUGGAAGAGAAAGGAGCUGCUACUUCUCUGUGAGCAAAUACUAUAAAACAACUAAUAUUGCUAAGCCAUAAGCAGUAUCAUCAGAGACCACUGUUCCUAUAACUGACUGUCCCAAAAGCUGUAAAUAAAUAUGGAACUUAUCCCAAAGCCCAAAGCAUCUAAAUAAGCACCAGUAUGCAAGUAUGUGAGAGUAGAAAAUGGGAAAACCAUCUGAAACAGACAAAUGGCAAGAUAGAUGCUUUAUAAAUUUCACAGAAAACAUACUGCCCCAUGGUGAAGAGAUUGACAAUGGUAAAGAGAAAGAUUUGGAAAAGAUUCCAUCUUUAGCAUUCAAAAUCAUUGAUUGAUAAUGCAUUAAUACUAAUCACAAUUUGUAUACAGAAGCUUUAUUGAUUCUAUAUCUGAAACGGAUACUGUGAAAUAUUGAAAGUGAAUGAUAAAGUGGAAUACAGGAAUGUUUUUUGUAACGUGAUCUGUGGUAGUUAUGAACUAGAAGGAAAAUAAUUCAGUAACUGUGACGUGUUUGGUGUGAAAAAAUCACAGCUACGAAGGUCUGAAUCCAAACACUGAAAAUGUGCUGACAUAUUACUAACUACUGAAUGAUACAAUGCUGUCACUGUUGUCAUACCACUAUAAAGAACUGCUCUUCAACCAACAGCUUCCUUGUAGAGUGUCAUUGGCAAAAGGAGGAAGGUUACAGUACAGAAUCGCUAUCUGUUCUCUUUUACAUUGAAAGGCAUAGCUUUGCUCUUGGCAAGCUGUGUCCCCUUGUAAACUACCCUCUCAUGCCCUUUGCAUGCUUAUGGGAUUGCAGGCUUUUAUGAUGACAGAUAUGUCUUCACGUUGCAUUAUGAAGAAUUUGCUAAACAUAUCCUUGAUGCUCAAAUUCUGUCCUAGACUCCACAGUGGGUUUUUUUUGUUGUUUUUUUUGUUUUUUUUUCUGAGCAACUAUUCUGGCAGAAUGUAAAGCUUUCAUUAAAAUACUUCAGUGACAAGUUUGUAAUGCACUUCUACAAAUGCAGUAUAUAUUAACAUUAACAAAAAAUUUACAAGUCCUUCUAAACCCACUCUAGGAGUGAUAUCAAAGAAGAACAAU